AUUGCAAUUGAUCGCGUCUUUUUACAAGUGACAAGGGGUUGACAUUUUUGUGUUAUUAAUUUUGCCUUGUAUGAAAUGAAAUUACUACUGUAAAUAGUUUUAGCAUUUGUAAUUUAAACUGUAGAAUAAAGUUAUUCGAAAAUGCACGAAUUCCAGUACAUGUGUUCAUUCGUCUGUUGAAGGGUCAGAAACAACGUCGGGUUGGAGUCUAUGCAACAACAGCCACAGCCAUUGGAGGAGACGCCAUUCCGUUGUGAGACUUGUGGCAAGUACUUCUCACGCAAGGACCAUUACAAGAACCAUGUCAUGUGGCAUACUGGCGACUCUCCGCACCGCUGUGACUACUGCCCCAAGACCUUCACGCGGCGCGAGCACCUCAUGAACCACACGAGGCAGCACACGGGCGAGUCCCCACAUCAGUGUAACUUCUGUUCCAAGAGCUUCACGCGGAAAGACCACAUGGUUUACCACGAGCGUCAGCACACCGGGGAAACCCCAUUCUCGUGCCAGUUCUGCCCGAAAGCCUUCACACGGAAGGACCAUCUGGUCAACCACGUCCGACGGCACACCGGUGAGUCGCCACAUAAGUGUACGUUCUGUAACAAGAGUUUCACGAGAAAAGAACACCUGACUAAUCAUAUCCGUCAACACACAGGGGAGUCGCCGCACCGCUGUCCGUUCUGCACCAAGAGCUUUACACGGAAAGAGCAUUUGACCAAUCAUGUCCGCAUCCACACGGGGGAGUCGCCACACAAUUGUGAGUAUUGCAAUCGAACUUUCACACGUAAGGAGCACCUGAAGCGGCAUGUCCGCCAACACGCGUCCGGGGCAGAGUUCAACUGCAUCAUCUGCAGUGCGCCUUUCGCCACCAAAGAGAAUCUUGUAGAGCACAUGCACACCCACCCACGGGACCGACCUUACAUCUGUUCAGAAUGUGGCAAGUCCUUCCCACUGAAAGGUAACUUAUUGUUUCACCAACGCUCACACCAGAAGGGGCUCCCCCAUGAGCGACCAUUCCAAUGCGAUCUCUGCCCAAAAGAUUUUAUGUGCAAGGGGCAUCUCGUAUCGCACAGACGCAGCCAUACCAAUACCAAGCAAUACAACUCACAGCAGUUUGACAAAACUUUCGACAACAAGAGCAGCUUCAUGUUGAAGCAGAUCAUGAAAGGUGAAACGUCAGACAUGACGGCGCACGUCAUUCAGACCCCCUCGGCGCAGGAUUUUGAUGACAAGAACCCUUUUAUGCUGAAGGAAAUAAUGAAAAAUGAACUGACUGAGAUGACCCAUGUGCCGGUUGUGCCGCAUUUGCCCCCUCCGAGGCCCCACCCGGUCCACACGGUGAAUGUAGCUACUCAAGCCAGUCUACCGCUGCUACCUCAUGAGGUACAUCUCCAGCAACCAAAUCCACUAAUGGCGGCUGUUACGUAAUCAUCACAAUCGCUUUGUAUCGUAACUGGUUCAGUGUACUUUGUGUAUAAGAUAGCUCUGUAUGUUGCUUGGUGUAUAUGUUUAUAGCAGCUAUGUUAGCCCAUAGGUCUUGUGAUUGAAAAGUAGUAUAAAUAUAUUAUGUAGUGAAUUUAUACAUAAAGCCCCAGCUCGGCCCUAAGUGAACAAAAUGACCAUUACAUCACUAUAAUCAUAGGAAAUAUUAUUUAUACUAACAUAAGUUAGUAGUUUCAGUAUUAAUUGUUUCAGUUGUAAGUUUGAACUGUUAUCAGUUGUAUAUGAAUUUCCAUAUUUUAUUUGAAUUAAGCAAUUUAUGUCCAGUCUGAGAUUUAUCAAUUUUAAUUGUUUAUCUAUUUCAAUUGAUGUCUAAGAACAAAUAAAGUAAUUAGUACAAAAUUA